AUGCUCAAAUUCCAAUACCAGAGCCGAUUCUUUCUUCAGUUAGCUACAAAAAAAAAAAUACUAUCCGAACACGAAAAGUUCAAAAAAGCAAAUGAAGUUGCUAAAAAAUUACCAGCUUUAGCAGCUGAGGUGGGAUCUAAAUCUUAUGUAAACAGACUAAAAAUAUUAACUGAUAUUCAGGAAGCAUGGCAGAACAAUGAAGAAGUGGAAAUUAUCAGGCUAAAUAGUCAAAAUCAAAAAGUUACUAAUAAAACUUCAAGAAAAAUUAGGAAUACUAAUAACAAUAUUAGUGUCGAAAAUGAUGAUGAUAACGAUGAUAAUAAUGAGGCUGUUGGUGAUGCCAAUAAUAUUCAUGAUAAUGGUGAUAAUGAGGAUGAGAAUAAUGACAGUGAUAGUAAUGAUGAUCUUGAUAAUGACUUCAAUGAACUAAUAAAAUUUGCCGAAACUUCAGAAUCUAAUCUUGCUGAAGAUACCUUUAGAUUUGAAAAUAAUGAAGACAGUAAUACUGAAGAUCUUCAAGGGUUUCAAUCAACAGUUGGUAUCAACAGUGAUAGAUCUACGUUUGAUGUUAAUAAUAAUGAGCAAAUUACAGCAUGUACUAAAGAAUUACAGCAAUCAAAUCAAAAUAAUUGUAGACAAGCAAAUAUAGGUUCAAGCCAAAAUUGA